GCGAUGCAGCGGUUCGCCAUGGACGAGGAGUCGCAGGAUGGCUACCACCAGCAGAGCACCAGCAGCGCCCACCUCCGACAGAGCGCUCCGAGCGCCUCGAGCCUGCCCAGCAAGCAGCUCAACAUGCGAAUGCCGACCCCUGCGAAGAGCAGCGAGGGCUGGAUGGGCAUGCUGAGCUGGGGCCGCGGGAGGAGGAGAAGCUACGAGAGCGUGGCCUCUGGCCUGCAGGAGCUCUACAAGGCGUGCGCGGGCGCGGCCGCCGAAACCGACGCGGGGGCGGCAGCGCGGCCCUCGCAGGCCGCUGCGGAGGCGGAGCUGCGUGGACGGCUGCGGCAAGACCGCUUCGCACACGACGGGCUGCUGCGGCAGCUGCGUCAGGCGGCGGCCGCGGGGCAGCUGGACCCCGUGGACUGGCGCCGCCUGCGCGCCGAACUGACAGAGGCCGCGCCGCAGCUGAGGCCCGCGGAGGUGCCCAUGGUGCUCGGAGGUCUGGCGACGCUGCGGAGCGUGGAGCCCGCGUACCUCUCCCCCGUGCUGCAGCCGAUCGGCCACCUGGCCCCGUUCAUGUCCGGGCCGCAGUUGGUCGCCGCGCUCUCCGGCCUCUCGGCGCUGGCUCCGCCAGCGGCAGACGGCGGCAUCGCCGACCCGGCGCUGGGCGUGGUGCAGCAGCAGAGCGACUUGAUGUUCGGCCUCGUGGAGGCUCGGCUGGGGAGCCUGAGCCACGAGGACAUGCUGCAGCUCCUCGAGGCCGUCCUGCAUCUCCAGUGCCACCAGGCGGAUUUGCUCGAGACCAUCAUCAGCCACCUGCCCUCGCCCACGGGCUUGCCCACCUCGCGCCUGCAGAGGCUGCUGCUGACUCUGCAGGGGCUUCUCAGAGAGGCGUGGGUCGGUGAGACCUGCGUCGCUGGAAUCCGCACGGUGCUGCUCGACUGCCGGACUGCAGUUCGGACGCGCCUCCGGACGCUGUCCGACCAGGAGUUGCUUCAGGUGUUGCUGCUGUCCGUGGGCGUCGAGCGCGCCCUGAGUGCUCUGCAUGCCGAGCAGGCGGCACUCCGCCGGGACGAGCCUGGAGUGGACCUGGGCCCUGGCGAGCUGCUGCUGCUGGCUGGCGAGGGCAGGCUCCGGACGGCCGGGUCCGCCGCAGGAUUCCACAGGCUUCUGCUCGGCCAGCUCGGGAGCCCCCACAGCGUCCUCGCCGAGAUGAAGCCACGGGAGUGCGUCGAGUUGGCGAGGGCUCUCGCGGCGCUCUCGGCCGCCGAGAGGGCAGAGCAGCCGGCCGCUGUGCGCGCGUGGCCGCCGCCGUACCUGGCGCGCCUGUGCCCCUCGCUCGUCGAGCGUGUCCUGGAGGUUCUCGACAUCCUGCGGGCGGACGAGUUGCUGUCCAUCCUGGAGGGGCUGUCCUUGGAUCUUGGCUACAGGGACCACUACUUCGCCGACCGCUGCGCCGAAGCGCUGCGCCCGCGGCUGGUGCCGGUGCGGGACACGCCGCACGGGCAGGCCAGCCCAGCGAUCCGCGCGCUGCAGGUGCUGGCACUGCACGGCCCUGUCGGCUUCGCCACGCUGCUGGUCGCAGUCCUGGAGGACCUGGGCGCACGUGCCGAGGCCGGCCUCGAGCUGAACGUUGCGCCGUGCGCCGGCCUGCGCGAGCUGGUCGAAGCUGGGCGCGCCUGCGCCGCUGCGGGCGCCGAGGAGCCAGGCCUUGCGGGCGCGGGGACGGCCUGGCUGUUCCGCCUCUCGGAGCGUUUUGGGGACGCCGCGGGCGACGAGCGGAGCCCAUCUUCAAGGGGGAGGUAA